GGGCGGUCAGCCGCGCCGCCGCCCGCCGUCCUCACCCCCGUCGCCCCAGAGCGGAGCCCCCACCAGGCGACGGCGCGCCGCCCUCCCUCCGGCUGUCUGAGAGGCGCGCGCGCGCGCUCCGUUCAUCACCAGAUUCGUAGGCUUCGUCGAUGGCGUCGCCGGGGCCGUCCUUCCCUCCGCCCGCCGCCUCGAACUCCACCGGCGUGCUGCCCCCGGACCUGCUGUUCGACGUCCUGCUGCGGCUCCCGGCCAAGGAGCUCUGCCGCCUCCGCGCCGUCUGCCGCUCCUGGCGCUCCCUCACCUCCGACCCGCUCUUCGCCGGCGCGCACGCGGCGCGGCAUCCGGGCCCGCUCCUCCUGGCCAAGUUCCGGGACGACGAGGCGCGCGUCCACGUCGUCGAUCUGUCCGGCAGCGUGGUCAAGCGGGUCCCCGGCCCGGAGGGCCAUGAGCAGCUCUGCACGUGCCUGCACCUGGCCUGCGUGGCCUCGAAAGGUAACAGCUGUCACGUGCUCGAUCCGGCAACGGGAGCGGCUUAUGCGCUGCCCGAGCGCCCGGCGCCGGAGCAUGUGAACCAUGAGGAUUUGCGCAACCGGUACACCUUCUUCGUGUCCGGGCAGGUUGCGUCGACAGGGGAGUGCAAGGUGCUCCGGGUGUUCAAUCGCACCGAAUUCGACGACUUCGAUCAGCAGCAGCUUUUUGAGGUCUUCACCAUCAACAGCGGUGUCAACGAUGCACAGUGGAGGGCGAGGCAGAGCCAUUAUCUCUUUGUCGAGGCGAACAGUGCUGCUGUUGUUGGUGGUGUGGUGUACUUCUUGAUGAGCUGUGCCUACGAUCUUAUGCUGUUUUUCGGUGUGGACACUGGCAUUCAUCCGGACUGUAUUGCUUCAUUCGACCUUGGGACAGAGGAAUGGAGGAGAGAUAUCCAGGGGCCAAUAAGCAGCGGCCUUUCAAUGGAUGACGCUGAUGCUACAGAGGAGUACCGUUCAAUUUGGCAUAAACUUACUUUAUCUGAGCUCAAAGGCUCUCUAGUUCUAGCGUACCACCGUCGCCACCAGUCCUUGGAUCUCUGGCUUCUGACAGACUUUGAGAGAGAUCUCUGGGUGAAAGAGUAUAGCAUACAGACUGAAUCAGCUAUCCCUGCUGAUGAGUACUUAAUAAAGCCGUUGCUUUUAUCAGAUGAUGGGAGGUUGGUCAUCUUUCUAGAAUCAACAGGGCUGCUUCUUAUUUAUGAUCCAAGAACCAACAGUUUUUCGGAGGUUGAGAUGAGACGUCUUGAUGCAGUUGGUAUGUACACAGGAAAUCUGUUGAGCUUACAAGUUGGUGACAUUGUGUAGUAUUGUAUUUUCUCACUAGUUGCUACCCAGUUUAGCUUGUGAACAAUACACUUAAUUAUCACCCCUGCUUCACUUUCUAAAGUGAGCUUUGUAUGAAGUUGUUAACAUUGUCCUGGAAUCUUGUCUCGUAUUGCAUUCAGUCAUUCAAUGUUGUUGUAUUCAUGGAGGUGCUUAAUGUUUCCAUUUGCACAUUGUC